ACGUAUACACUAUAUAUGUAUAUAAAUACAAUAUUCACUGUAAUAUAUAUAGUCUGCAGGCUAUACACUAAAUGUAUAUACACACACACACAUAUAUAUACAUAUACACUGUAUAUAUAUUACAAUGAAACGACAACUAAAGCAAACAGCUAAAAACUUUGUGAUAGGAUCAAACUCUUACAUAUGAAUAUUGACCUUGAAUGUAAAUAUUCUAAAUGGCUUACUUUAAAGGCAAAGAAGGGCAAGUUGGUAAGAAAAGAGACCCAUCUAUCUGCUGUCUUCAAGAGAUUCAACUCACACAUAAUGACACCUCUAGGCUCAGAGCAGAGGGUUAGUGAAAAAUCUGCUAUGCAAAUGGAAAAAAGAAAAGCAGGAGUUGCUAUUCUUAUGUCAGAAAGAACAGAGUUUAAAUCAACAACAGUAAAAUCAAGACAAAGAAGGGCAUUACAUAAUGACAAACGGUUCAAUUCAGCAAGAAGACUUAACUAUCCUAAGUCACACCCAACAUUGGAGCACCAGGACUUAUAAAACAAGUAUUUCUAGAUCUACAAUGACUUAGCCAAACAGUAAUAGUCAUGAACUUCAACACCCCAAUGAAAACAAUGGACAGAGAAUCAAGGCUGAAAAUUAACAAAGCUAUGAACUUGAACCCAACACUUGACCAGUUAAACUUAGUAGAAAUUGCAGAAUACUCCGCUGAUCAACCACAGAAUAUAUAUUCUCUCAUCUGCACAUGGAGCAUACUACAAGAUUGACCAUAUGCUUGAGCAUAAAGCAAGUCUCAAUAAGUGUAAAAAGAAUCAAAAUCAUACUAGUCAUACUCUUGGGCCACAGUGGAAUAGAAAUAUAAAUCAGUUUCAAAACAACACCCUUACAUGGAAAUUAAACAACUUGUUUCUGAAUAACAUUUGGGUAAACAAUGAAAUCAGAAAUCAAAAAAUUCUUAGAAAUAAAUGAAAACAGUUACAUCGCAUAUCAAAAUCUUUGGGAUACGAUAAAAGCAAUGUUAAGAGGAAAGUUGAUAGCAAUAAAUGCCUACCUCAAAAACCAGGAAGAUCUCAAAUUAACAAUCUCACAUCACUCCUGGAAAAAUGAGAAAAACAAGAACAAACUAACCCCAAAACUAGUAGGAGAAAAGAAGUAAAUACAAUCAAAGCAGAAAUGAAUAAAAUUGAGACCCCAAAUCCAUACAAAGAAUCAACAAAACGAAAAGUGGGUUGUUCAAAAAGACAAGAGGAAUAGACCACUAGCUAGAUUAACAAAGAGAAAAAGAGAAGAUCUGAAUUAGCACAAUCAGAAAUUACAAAGGAGACAUUACAACCAAUCCCACAGAAAUACCAAAGACCCUCAGAGACUGUACGAACACCUCUAUACACACAAACUAGAAAAUCUAGAGGAAAUUGAUAAAUUCCUGUAAGCACACAAUCUCCCAAGAUUGAAUCAGGUAAAAACUGAAAUGGUGAAUGGACCAAUAUCAACUUCAAAAACUGAAUCAGUCCCUCACCCCAUGCCCAGGCCCCACCAGCGGAAGCCCCUGUGCCUGUACCAUGUCAAAGAAAAAAGGAUUGCAUGCAGAAGAAGAGAACUCUCAUGAUGGAAAUAUUUUUUUAACUAAAGAUGUAUUUCAACUAAAAGACUUGGAGAAGAUUUCUCCCGAAGAGAGAGGCAUCACUUCUUCGUCAGUCAAAGAAGUCCUUCAAAGCUUAGUUGAUGAUGGGAUGGUUGACUGUGAGAUGAUUGGAACUUCUAAUUAUUACUGGGCUUUUCCAAGUAAAGCUCUUCAUGCAAGGAAACUUAAGUUGGAGUCCCUGGAAUCUCAGUUGUCUGAGGGAAGCCAAAAGCAGGCAAGCCUAAAGGAAAGCAUUGAAAAGGCUAAAAUUGGCCGAUGUGAAAUGGAAGAGCGAACAACGCCAGCAAAAGAACUUUCUUCACUUUGAGACCAAAGGGCAAGCUAAAGGCAGAAGUCGAAAAAUACAAAAAUUGUGACCCACAAGUCGUGGAAGAAAUAUGUCAAGAAAGUAAAGGAGCCAAAGAUGCUGCUAACAUAUGGACUCAUAACAUAUUUGCAAUAGAAUCUUGGGCAAAAAGAAAAUUUGGGUUCGAAGAAAAUAAAAUUGAUAAAACUCUUGGAAUUCCAGAAGACUUGACUACAUAGACUAAAAUAUUCCAUAACGGUGAAGGAUGUAAAUUUUAAACUAUUAUCUAAAUAAGUGUACUGAAUUUUCAUUUGCCUGUAACUGUAUGUAUUCUUUUAUUAAUGUUAAAUAAAGUAUAAAAUACAAAGAAACAUUAAAUCUGUAAUAAAGAGCCUAUCAACCAAAAUAAGCUUUGUACCAAAUGGAAUUACAGCCAAAUGCUACCAGAUGUACAAAGAAAAGCUGGCACCAAUUUUACUAAAACUGUUUUAGAGAAUUGAGGAAGCACUCUUCCCUAACUCAUUCUGUGAAACUGAUGUCUCCUUGAGACACUCACCUAGUAAAGAUACAAUAAAAAUUGAAACCACAGGCCAAUAUUUCUGGUGAACAUAGAUAUAAACAUCCUCAACAAAAUGCUAGCAAAUUGAAUCCAGCAGCACAUCAAAAAUUAGUCCACUAUGAUAAAGUCUGCUUAAUUCCUGGGAUUCAAGAUUGGUUCAGCAUAUGAAAAUCAAUAAAUGUAAGAAUGCGAUUCACCACAUAAGCAGAAUUAAAAAGAAAAACUAUAUGAUCAUCUCAAUAAAUGCAGAAAGAGUUUUAAUGAAAAUCAACAUCCCUUCAUGAUGAAAACUCUCAAGAAAGUAGGAAUUGUAGGAAUAUAAAUAAUAAGCCAUCUAUGACAAACUCACAGCCAACAUCAUACUGAACAGGUAAAAAUGGGGAGCAUUAGCCUUGAGAACUGGAAUAAGACAAGGAUGCCAACUCCUGCCAUUCCUAGUCAAAAUAGUACUAAAAGUGCUAGCAAGGGCAACCAGGCAAGAGAAAGAAAUAAAAGGCAUCAAAAUAGGAAAAAAAAAAGUCAAACUACCUCUCUUUGUGGACAAUAUGAUUCUAUACCUUAAAAUCCUAAGUUUUAUCAUGAGCCUCCUGGAACUGGUAAAUGACCAACCAAGUUCAGGAGACAAAAUAAACAUACAACAAGUACUAGCAGCAUUUUUAUACACCAGUCACAUUCAAGCUGACAGCCAAAUUCAGAAUGCAACCCUAUUUACAUAGCCACAUACACACACACACACAAAUAAGUACAGAUAUAUCUAACCAAGGAAGUGAAAGAUCUCUGCAAGGACAACAAAACAAAACAAAAAAACUGCUAAAAGAAAUCAUAGAUGGUACAGACAAACAGAAAAAUAUUCCAUGCUCAUGGACUGGAAGAAUUAAUAUCUAUUAAAAUGACCAUUACUGCUCAAAGUGAUCUAUAGAUUCAAUGCUAUGCCUAGCAAACCACAUUACCCAAUUUCAAACUAUAUAAGAAGGCUACAGUAAUCAAAACAGCAUGGUACUGGUACAAAAACAGACACACAGACCACUGGAACAGAAUAUACAGCCCUGAAAUAAGGCCACACACCAACAGUCAUUUGAUCUUUGAUGAAGUCCACAAAAAUGAGCAAUGGGGAAAAAAACCCUUAUUCAAUAAAUGGUGCUAGAAUAGCUGGCUAGCCCUAUGUAGAAGAAUAAAAUUUGACGCCUACCUUUCACUGUACACAAACAAUAACUCAAGAUGAAUUAAAUAUUUAAAUCUACGACCUCAGAUUCUAAGAAUUCUAGAAGAAAAUCUAGGAAAUACCAUCUGGACAUGGGUAUUGGGAAAUAUUUUUUGACUAGGUCCUCAAAAGCAAAUGCAAAGAAAACAAAAAUCAACAAGUGGGCCCUAAUAAAAAUAAAAAGCUUCUGCACAGCACAAGAAACUAAAAAACUAAAAACAGAGUAACAGACAACCUACAAAGUGGGAGAAAAUAUUUGCAAACUGUGCAUCCAAUAAAGGUCUAUUAUCUAGAAUCUUGAAGGAACUUAAACAAUUAAACAAGCCAAAAAAACCAACAACCUCAAUAAAAAUGGGCAAAGGACACAGACAGAGACAUCUGAAAAGAAGGCAUAUAUGUGGCCAACAGACAUAUGACAAAAUGCUCAUCAUCACCAAUCAUUAGAUAAAAACAAAUCAAAACAACAAGAUGCCACCUCUAUAAUAAUAGUCAGAAUGGCUAUUACUAAAAAGCGAAAAAAGCAACAGCUGUGGGUUAGGCUGUGGAGAAAAGGGAAUGCUUAUAAGGUGUUGACUGGGAAGUAAAUUAGUUCAGCCACUGUGGAAAGCAGGUUGAAGAUUGCUCAAAUAAUUUAAAACUACCUUUUGACCCAGCAAUCCUAUUACUGGAUACAUAUCCAAAAAAAAAAAAAAAAAAAAAAAACCCAAAAAACAAAAAAACAAAUAAUUCUACCAAAACUACACACAUGCUCAUAUGUUAAUCACAGCAUUAUCCAUAAUAGCAAAAUCAUGAACCUAUAGAAUCUAUACCUAAUGUAGGUGACGGAUUGCUGGGUGCAGCAGACACCAUGGCAUGUGUAUACCUGUGUAACAAAACUGUACUUUCUGCACAUGUACCCUGGGACUUAAAGUUAAUAACAAACAAUGCAGAAAUGUAGGCUUCAAGCACAUUUAAUAUACUAAAGAAAGACUAAUUAUGAUAUGUUAUAUUUUCCAUUUCUUAAUUGUGGCUUUGAAAGAUAAUUAGCACUGAUGCCCAAAGACAUCUUUUGUAUGAAAUGAAUCAGCUGCUCUCCCCUAGGUACCAUCAUUGAAAGAUAUAAGAAAAUAGUCACUAAGGCCGGAGGCGGUGGCUCACGCCUGUAAUCCCAGCACUUUGGGAGGCCGAGGUGGGCGGAUCAUGAGCUCAAGAGAUUGAGACCAUCCUGGUCAACAUGGUGAAACCCCGUCUCUACUAAAAAUACAAAAAUUAGCUGGGCAUGGUGACGCACGCCUGUAGUCCCAGCUACUUGGGAGGCUGAGGCAGGAGAAUUGCUUGAAACCGGAAAAUGGAAGUUGGAGUGAGCCGGGAUUGCGCCACUGCACUCCAGCCUGGCGACAGAGCGAGACUCUUGUCUCAAAAAAAAAAAAAAGAAAGAAAGAAGAAAAUAGUCACUCAAAUUGUUUUUUGUGGUCUGUGGUUAAGACGAUGUCACAUACCACACAUCCACACACAUCAUAGCAGAUGUGCAAAUUACAUACACACAUGCACAUAUGUAUGUAUACACACAAAGUUUAUUCUACAUGCAUUGGUGCAUGUAUUUAAUAGACUAAGGGGGACAAAAGUCAUUUCUUCAAGUAAAUAUAUUUUCAUGUUGGUGGUCUGGGGACCUAACAGAAGUGCAUUAAUUGAUUUGGUAUCGUAGAGUCAGAGAAUACCUAAACAGCAAAUUCUCCCAGGACAAGGCUUGUGUCUGAUAUUAAUCAUACGUUAACUAGUUAUAUGGCUUUCAGCCUGCUUAAAAAUUCCUUGAACACAUGGCGGACUGCAAAGUUGAAUGGCUCAUUGACUGAAGCUAAGAAUUUCCAUGGAAACUGACAUUAUCUCUGUAUGGCAUCAGCUCCAACACAUGCUGUAGAUGAGUUGUUCUGCCUUCCAUAGCCAGGACACUAGGCAGUCACAAAUGGUGAGAAAUGGCCCUGGUGCCACAGGUGAGGUGUCAGCCACUUCAGAUGCUGCUUGGGGAACCAAACGGUGAGGCCUACAGUGAAAUCAGGAACAGAUGAGCUUGAGGAUCUCUAGGCUGCCUGUGAAAUUGUGCAUAAUAACUGAAAUAAUCAUCCGCUCUAUUGGCCAAAACACUUCUGUUUUCCUAAUUAUUCAUAAAAUAACCCAACAAAACAAAUAUUUCAUAAUAUAGUAAAAGUGAGCCCUGCAGCAUUGGACUUUGGCAGUAGAUUUUUGGAAGCUUGGGGGUUUUAGACAUUAUAGUAUAUUCAGGAAUGUGUGUGCCAAUCUAAUUAGCAGAGUUUCCCUCUAUAUUUAGACAUUCCAUAAUAAUUUAAAUUUGAAAUAAAUUGUAAGUGUUUUUACCAGAAAAAAAUCUGUAAUUUUCAUUUGCCAGAGUGCUUUUCGGAAGCUUUCAAAGUUACUGAAAGGUGAUUUUCUGUAACUGUUUUACUGUUCAAAUCCAAUUUGUUUCUGCCACCAGGUAUUUUUCUUCCUGGAUUUUUCGGAAAUCAGUCUUGGACCAUUGGAUGGUACUGUCAUAAGGGCCUCACUUCCUAUGGUGUAAUUGUCUCUUGGUUUGACAGUUUAACAAAUACACAGUGAAAGUCCACUGUGUACCAACAGCUGUGAUAUUUGUUUUUCCAAGGAAGAUGCCUCAGCCUGAGUGUUCAAUACUCUCCAUCUGUUUGUGUAGGAAUGUGUUCCUUUGUUACCAUGACUAUGCUGCUAAUUUUCCUUUUAGAUGAUACGCUUCAGGAAAACAUGCAUUUUACUUCCUGGAUUGCAAUGUUGUUUUAGGGUAAUUUAAUGCAUAUAAAUUAUUUUUGAAAAGGCUUUGUGACAAAUUCAUGUUUUAUAUCACUUCUUUGGAUAGGGAAUUAAAAGUAUACAUUUCCAAGUUUACUGACCACGGAGUAAAUAUUUUUGUGCUGUGUGAAGCACUGUGCUCAGCAGAACUAUUUGAGUGUUUUGCAGAAUCCGUUUCUCAUCUGGGAAUUAUUUG